AUCGGUUCACCCACAUUUGCCAACUAUCAAUCACCAACGUUUGAUCUGUAACUGUCGCAAUUCAAGCACACAAAUACAGCCACUAAAAAUCAUCAAAAUGGCAUACAUGUUCGUAGUCAUCGCCGCCUCCAUCUUGGCCACCGCCUACGGAUCUCCCGUAGCAGCACCCAUCUACUCCGCUGGCCCAGCUUACUCUGCACCAGCUUACUCUGCUGCCCCAGCAUACGCUGCACCCUCUUCAUACUCUGCUCCAUCUUACAAACCCGCUUACAAACCAGCAGCGUACGGACACGAAUCUUACGAUGCCCCAGCCCCGUACAACUUCGAAUACAGCGUGAACGACCCACACACCUACGACGUCAAGAGCCAAUCCGAAUACGCCGACGGAAACGGUUACGUCAAGGGAUCCUACAGUCUGGUCGAACCCGACGGUUCCACCCGCACUGUCGAAUACACCGCUGACGACUACAACGGUUUCAACGCCGUCGUCAAGAAGGAAGGUGGAUACGCCGCACCAGCUUACUCCGCACCAUCAUACUCUGCACCAGCCUACAAGGCCCCGGCAUACGCUGCACCAGCCUACUCUGCACCAGCCUACAAGGCCCCAGCUUACGCUGCACCAGCCUACUCUGCACCAGCCUACAAGGCCCCAUCUUACUCCGCCCCGGCCUACAAAGCCCCAUACUCCGCUCCCUCAUACUCCGCCCCAGCUUACAAGGCCCCAGCUUACUCCGCACCGGCUUACUCCGCACCGGCUUACUAAGCUAAAUAUUUGACUUUUUCGAAAUCAAAAUGUCAGUUCUAAUUUAUUGUUAUUUAUUUAUUUAAAUGUAAAUAUAAUAAACAAUUAAUAUUUGCAAAUCAGUAAAA